GUGCUGCCGCCAGAUCUAACCAAACCCCGCGCCCUCCUCACCGUCCGGCGAGCUACGGACUCAGCAGAUCACCGUCGCUCGAGUUGUACCUGAAGGCGCGCCCGUGGAACCGGCCGCGAGAUAAGGGCGGCGGGAAGGCGGGCGACGAUGCCGGUGGCAGCGUCGGCCAUCUACUUCCUCAACCUUCGCGGGGACGUCCUCAUCAACCGCCUCUACCGUGAUGAUGUUGGGGGAAAUAUGGUUGAUGCGUUCAGAAUGCAUAUCAUGCAAACAAAAGAACUUGGCACAUGCCCUGUUCGUCAAAUAGGAGGCUGCUCCUUCCUUUAUAUGAGGAUCAGUAAUGUUUACAUUGUGAUCGUAGUUAGCAGCAAUGCUAAUGUUGCAUGUGCUUUCAAAUUUGUUGUCGAGGCGGUGGCUCUCUUCAAGUCCUACUUCGGUGGAGCUUUUGAUGAAGACGCUAUCAGGAAUAACUUUGUUUUGAUAUAUGAACUUCUUGAUGAGAUCAUGGAUUUUGGUUAUCCUCAAAACCUGUCACCUGAAAUUUUGAAGUUGUAUAUAACUCAAGAAGGUGUUCGGUCACCAUUUUCCUCAAAGCCCUCAGAGAAGCCUGUUCCAAAUGCGACUCUUCAAGUCACUGGCGCUGUUGGUUGGAGAAGAGAGGGACUUGUGUACAAGAAGAAUGAGGUUUUCUUGGACAUAGUUGAGAGUGUAAACCUUCUUAUGUCUUCGAAAGGGAGUGUUCUAAGAUGUGAUGUGACGGGAAAGAUUCUUAUGAAAUGCUUCCUUUCUGGAAUGCCUGAUCUGAAGCUGGGAUUAAAUGACAAGAUUGGACUUGAAAAAGAGGCCCAACUAAAGUCCAGACCAGCAAAGAGUGGGAAGACUAUAGAACUUGAUGAUGUCACAUUCCACCAGUGUGUCAACUUAACAAGAUUUAACUCAGAAAAGACAGUCAGUUUCGUGCCACCUGACGGUGAAUUUGAGUUGAUGAAGUAUCGAAUCACAGAGGGUGUAAACCUUCCAUUCCGUGUUCUGCCGACAAUCAAGGAAUUGGGCCGAACACGCAUGGAGAUCAACGUGAAAGUCAAGAGUGUUUUCGGUGCUAAGAUGUUUGCACUUGGUGUCGUUGUUAAGGUUCCAGUUCCGAAGCAGACAGCUAAGACUAGUUUCCAAACAACAUCAGGCAAAGCAAAAUACAAUGCUUCGAUUGAUUCACUGGUGUGGAAGAUCAGGAAAUUCCCUGGGCAGACUGAGGCAACUAUGAGCGCAGAGGUGGAGUUGAUUUCUACUAUGGGUGAAAAGAAGUCAUGGAACAGACCACCUAUCCAGAUGGAAUUCCAGGUUCCAAUGUUCACUGCUUCUGGUUUACGUGUUCGCUUCCUUAAGGUUUGGGAGAAGAGUGGUUAUAACACUGUUGAGUGGGUUCGCUACAUCACAAGGGCUGGAUCAUAUGAGAUAAGGUGUUAGCAACAAAUCCAUACAAGAUCAAGAUAUUAUUGACAAAUGAUAUUCAUUGGUCUCCAUUGAGCAGCUAUCCACAGAGAUCAAUCUGUGGCAUCAUGCAUGAUCAUAAAGCGCAUAUAUUGUGACACAAGUAUCUGAAACUUUGUACUUCAACAGAGGGUGGGGCAGGGCAGAUCAGACAAUUUUCUGUGUUUCUUAUUUCCAUUGUAGUCUGGGAUCUCUGUUCUUCCCUCCAUGCCCUGUUUGUAGUAGGGAUUAUUUUUUGCUCGUAUAUUUGGCUGUAGCUUUCCUUGUUUGUUGAUCAAUACACCUGUUCAGUUUGUAUUGUUUUCUCCCUCAAAUGGAUGUAUGGAUUCACUUGCAUAACAGUGUGAACAAACAUUCGCUGCCAAA